AUGACACCUGAAGGCAAAAUUGCUAUCCAAAAUAUGAAUCUGCUUCCGGCCUCCCUUCUAGAGGCAAAUACCCCGCGGCAAGAUUUCCGCUCCAUGCCCAAAAGCACCGUCAAAAUCAGCAAAGGCCUAGAGGCUGAGGUUCCUGCGCUUUUGGUGGAUUGCCUUGAGGUGAUAUUCUCCAAUGGGCUUGUUGAAGGCAUUUUCCGUAUAAGCGGCUCUGCUCGUCGUAUGAAAACCGUCACUGAAGACUAUGGCUCCUACCAAAAAUGGCUCAACUCGACCGAAAGACAGCCCAACGUCCAUGACGUGGGCGGAAUUAUUAAAAAAUACCUUCGUGACUAUUUGGACUCCAUCAACGGCUUGUUUCCCGCUAGAGUUCUUCGAGAUUUCAAGCAAGAGUACGUGUCCCAUCUACGCAAACUGAGCGAGUGUAGCGAAGACUCGUUUAAAAGCGCAAACACUUCUCUAGACUCUUCUGUUUCGCUCUCGUCGAUUCUGGAGGUGGGCGAGGAAAUGGACAGUCACAUAUCUAAUCCCGAUUCCCUUGUUGAUGCUUUGGCUCAUUGCCUUAUUGUGAAUAACUUGGAGAGCAAGAACUUGUUUUUCAUCUACUGGCUAUCGGUGAUGAAGCGGCUCUCAUUAUACCAAGACAAGACGAAAAUGUCUGUUUCCAAUCUGUCGAUCAUAUUCCAACCUUAUCUAUUCAACCAAACAAAUGUUGAGGACUUAUCUAAGUUCAGGAACAUAUUGACUUUUUUGGUAAAGAACUUUGACUCGUUUAUCACGCGAUUCAAGUACUACGAAGAGGUAAUUGGCGGCCUUCAUGCACUUGAUAAUGAUUGUAUGUCGAUCUCUUCAUCUGGUUCCGUUUCGGCUUCACCGUUAACCAUUUACUCGUCUAACCAAGGUUCGCCGUCAAAGAACACCGAUGAGCCAAGGAGGAAGGCUUCUAUCUCCAACAGAUUAUCCAUGUUCUGGGAUAAUUACAACCUUCCAGCAAACCGCUCUAAAAGGAUAUCAUUCCUUAGUGCCAAGAGCAGCGAUAGGUUUGCAUCUUCCGAUAACCUUGGAAUUGAUAGCCAAGUUCAAGAUACCCACAAACAAUGGAAUCCAGAGAAUACAAUUCUCGAUUCUCCAGAAACCGAGACCCCCAUACUCGACAAUGCUGAAAGAAUUUCGGCUUCCCCAGUACAUCAUAGAGAGGAGAGAAAGGAGAAUGAUGUGCGCAACCAAAUGGACGGCAUUCCCCAAAGACCAACUUUACCCAAGAGAAACAGUAAGAGAAAGAGUUUCAUUGAGUUUUUCCGGUCUUCCCUGUCACUUAAUAGCCAGGAAAAUUUGAGUACAGGGGUUGCCGUCUCCCCUCUUACUCCGCCUUCGUCUUCGUCCAUGCUUGCUUUGCCCAAGCAAACAAUGGGCAGAUCAGUGGAUGAUUUAACGAAAACAAAGGAUGUGCAGAACACUAACAUUUCGGGACGGAAACUGUUGGGCCGUAGCAUAUCUUUGAGACUCAAGAAGAAGUGA